CGCUACUCCCGCCAGAAACCCUAGUCUCUUCUUCAUCGCUUCGCUUCUUUGAUUAAUCAUCGUCUUCUUUGUAUCUCUUGCUUCGCUCUGGAAGAAGUGAACGGAAAAAAUCAUCAUCCCUAAUGUAUUACUUUGGACUCAAUCGAUUGGUCUUAGGGCUACGUUUCCAUUCGGCAGUGCUGCGAUGCGGAUGGAAUUGCUACUGCCAGACAAACAUCUACAGUCCAAUAAGAUUAAUGGGUAUGCACACUAUAAGCCCAGUUAAUCCAUAGAUCGUGAUAACCUCCAAGCCAGACGAUUGGGUUACACGGGAUGCUUUGGGGUUCGACCUCAACAACAAGAUCAUAGACGAACAUCAUGAGGGUGAGUGGUUCUCUAAAGAUCACCAGCCAUCAAUGAAAUGGAUGGAGAGCUUGUGGGCACAAAUUGGUCAUAUUCAUUGGCUUGAUAAGGAAAUUGAUGUCAAGUCUAUGCUAGAUGAUUGGGUUGAUUUUAAGGAGGAGGCUUCGGCGGGGUACCUCAAGAGGAUCAUAAGGAGACUUCGCAAGGAUGGGCGGUUCUCUCUAGCUCUAAAGAUUGAGGUGAUUACGCCCAAUGUGAAGAUGCGAGAGGCUUUUGUUGGUGGGGAAGUAUCUUCCAAGGACGUGUUGAACAGCCUUCUGUCCAGGUCAACUCAGUACUCAACUCCUCGAGUGAUCAACUCUGUUGCACUCGUCUCCUGGCUUGUUACACCCUCUCUAGGUAUCUUCCAAGGACGUGUUGAACAGCCUUCUGUCCAGUCCGUAGUCACUAGACUCAAAGACACCGACCAGCAACAAACGGAAGAAAGGGUGGCUUGCUCUCCUGUAGCUAUUCCGUACAAGGCAAGGGCCAUGAAAAAGGCAAAUUUGAAUGAUGAGAUGGUCGCCAACGUGGCCAAUCUUGAGGUGAGCCUGGCCUCUGCUUUGGAGGAAACCGACUGCAAGGGAGAGGAAGGUGCCAUGGAGAGGGAGGGAGGACACAGCUUCCACCUUUAAGGCAUCUCUAGCCUUCGAGGAGGUAUAAUCUUUAAAUGCAUAAGAUAUGAAUUUAGUUAAUACUCCGUAUUAUUAAAGUUUACCUCCCAAACUCUACAAUUUUAAUUUCCCUCCAUCUAAAUUCAUUUUCCCUCCCCUAAAUUUCAUUUUCCCUCUUUCUAAAUUCAUUUUCCCUCCCCUAAAUUUCAUUCUCCCUCUUCCUAAUUUCUCUUUUCCCUCUUCUAAAAAACUCUAUCUCUGGUCGAUUACAGAAGAAACCCUAUCUUUUCGCCACUUCUUCUUACCUUCAUGCCUGGAGCCAGGCCUGUCGAUCCUCGUCGCUCCUAUCUUCUUCGUCGCCAUAGAGAUACCUCGACGCCGGGCAGUGGUCUUCCGAUCCCCAUAGAGUACCGCAAUCCCUACUGCCUCCAAUUUACAGGUUUUACUUUAUCUUGAAAAUACUCUAAUGGUUAAAUUAUGUGAAUUUCUUUGCAUAUCUCUUGAAAAUACUCUAAAUUCUUCAAUUAUAUGAAUGAAAAUAUUCUAAUUCUUCAAUUAUGAGGAUUUAUUUGCUUAAUUUUUGUUACCUCAAUUUGAUUUUUGAUUUUCUUUUUAUUGAUAUACUUUUAGAUCAGAUUUUUAAAUAAAUUUUUUUAUCUAAAAAUAUGAAAGAAUCAAAAUUAUUUUUUACUAGUUUUUUUGUUCACACCUACUAGGUUUACAGUAGGUUUGAAAAACAAAUUUUGGAAAUUUUAUUUGAGAGCUCCAUGAGGUUCUCCUCAAUCUGUUUUAAUAUUUUUUCGGCAAUUCAAAAUUCAGAGUUCCAUUACCAAAGACUAACCA